AGAGAGUGCUGUUUCAGAGCACCACCCACUACAGAAAUGGCGGAGGGGGAAUUGGACGUCGACUCGCUGAUCGCCCGACUAUUAGAGGUGCGGGGAUGUCGCCCAGGGAAGAUCGUGCAGAUGUCAGAGGCUGAGGUGAGAGGCCUCUGCAUCAAGUCCAGAGAGAUCUUCCUCAGCCAGCCCAUCCUGUUGGAAUUGGAGGCUCCCCUCAAAAUCUGUGGUGACAUCCACGGCCAGUACACAGACCUGCUGCGGCUCUUUGAGUACGGGGGCUUCCCGCCCGAGGCUAACUACCUGUUCCUGGGGGACUACGUGGACCGAGGCAAGCAGUCCCUGGAGACCAUCUGUCUACUGCUGGCUUACAAGAUCAAAUACCCCGAGAACUUCUUCCUCCUCAGAGGCAACCACGAGUGUGCUUCCAUAAACCGCAUCUAUGGCUUCUAUGAUGAGUGUAAGCGCAGAUUCAACAUAAAGCUGUGGAAGACAUUUACUGACUGCUUCAACUGCCUUCCCAUCGCUGCCAUCGUAGAUGAGAAGAUCUUCUGUUGCCAUGGAGGCCUCUCUCCAGACCUGCAGUCUAUGGAGCAGAUCCGUCGUAUCAUGAGACCCACAGACGUCCCUGACACCGGGCUGCUGUGCGAUUUGCUGUGGUCGGACCCAGACAAAGAUGUUCAGGGUUGGGGGGAGAACGACCGCGGGGUCUCGUUCACGUUUGGGGCCGAUGUGGUCAGCAAGUUCCUCAACCGCCACGAUCUGGACCUCAUCUGCAGAGCCCACCAGGUGGUGGAGGACGGCUACGAGUUCUUUGCCAAGCGGCAGCUGGUGACUCUGUUCUCAGCUCCUAACUACUGUGGAGAGUUUGACAACGCCGGCGGUAUGAUGAGUGUUGACGAGACCCUGAUGUGCUCCUUUCAGAUCCUGAAGCCGUCUGAGAAGAAGGCCAAGUACCAGUACGGAGGGAUGAACUCCGGCCGCCCCAUCACCCCGCCCCGCACCGUGGUCCCACCAAAGAAACGGUGAACAAGGAAGAGCGAGAGAGAGAGAGCAGAAGGGAGGGAGAUGGAGGGAUGUCGUGGAUGAGUGACGGUCCCUCAUCAGUUUUUCACAAUGGAGAAACACUUGGCAGAAAUAAAUAAACGUAGAUAAAACGCAAAGCAAAGUUUUUGAUUUGAUGACCCCCUGCGCCCCACCUCCGUUGUGUCUUUUGUUGUCAUUUCCCUCUCUGAACUGUUGUGUCACGCACCGCUCCCCCUGUGUCACCAACCACACCCAUUUAAAAAAAAGUUGAGUUUAGGAAACAAUGACAACACAAGGUGGUCAUUCUGUUUGCAUAUCGGAGUGUUUUUCUUCGUUCUUUUGUUCGUGCUUUUUGGCUUAUGACAGAAUGACGACUACUAGCCCCAGUUGACCAUUUCACCCCACCCCACCUGUCAAGUAAGAACAGGUGUUAAUGACAAUUACUGGGUUUUCAAUAAAUAAAAUGGGGUAACCUUUUU